AUGUCCAAGAAGGGCGCAGGCGGCCGAAGCAAGGGGGACAAGGCAGAGGUCCUCGCGGCGCUGCAGGCCGCCAACGAGGAGCUGCGGGCCAAGCUCACCGACAUCCAGAUCGAGCUGCAGCAGGAGAAGAGCAAGGUCGGCCGGGCGGAGAGGGAGAAGAGCCAGGAGCUCCAGCAGGCGCGAGAGCUCCAGCAGCACAAGAGCGCCGUCCUGCUCUCCGAGCUCAGGGCGAAGCUGCACGAGGAGAAGAUGAAGGAGCUGCAGGCCGUGCGGGAGACGCUGCUGCGGCAGCACGAGGCCGAGCUGCUGCGGGCCGUCAAGGCCAGGGACAGCGAGAACCAGCGGCUCCGGGCACUGCUGCGCGCCCCGCGUGACGGCGCCUCCGACAAGGUGCGCGCCGCGCUGCUGUCCGAGGCCAAGGAGGAGGCCAGGAAGGGCUUCGAGGUGGAGAAGGUGAGGAUGCGGCAGGAGAUCUCCGAGCUGAAGGGGGCCAAGAAGCAGGUGGAGGAGGCGCUGACGAUGGUCGUCCAGGCCGACAAGAUCAAGGCCGCGGAGAUCAGGAGCGUGCACCACCUGCACCAGGAGGAGAUCUCCCGCGUCAGGAAGCAGUGCGAGCGGGAGAUCCGCCGGCUGAUGGAGGAGAUAAAAUUUAAAGACAGAGCAGUCUUCGUGCUGGAGAGAGAGUUAGGGGUUCAAGCCGGGCAUGCUCAGAGACUGCAGCUCCAAAAAGAGGCUCUAGAUGAGCAGCUGUCCCAGGUCAAAGAGACCGACCGGCACCUGGGCAGCCCCAGACGGGAACUUCCUCACGCAAGCGGUGCAGGAGACGCCUCAGACCACUCGGGAAGCCCUGAACAGCAGUUGGAUGAAAAGGACGCUCGGCGUUUCCAACUUAAGAUUGCGGAGCUGAGCGCGAUCAUCCGGAAACUCGAGGACCGCAAUGCCCUGCUGUCGGAAGAGAGGAACGAGCUGUUAAAGCGUUUAAGGGAAGCCGAAAGUCAGUACAAGCCAUUGCUGGAUAAAAACAGACGCCUUACUCGGAAAAACGAAGAUCUGUCCCACGCUUUACGUCGGAUGGAAAACAAGUUAAAAUUUAUCACCCAGGAGAACAUAGAGAUGAGACAGAGGGCUGGCAUCCUAAGGAGACCCAGUUCCUUAAACGACCUGGACCAGAGCCAGGACGAAAGAGAGGUUGACUUCCUGAAGCUGCAGAUCCUGGAGCAGCAGCACCUCAUAGACGAGCUCUCCAAGACUCUGGAGACUGCCGGCUACGUGAAGAGCAUGUUAGAGCGUGAUAAGCUUUUAAGAUAUCGGAAACAAAGAAAGAAGAUGGCAAAAGUCCCCAAGCCGGUUGUCGUGGAGACCUUCUUUGGAUACGACGAAGAGGCUUCCCUGGAAUCUGACGGUUCUUCCAUCUCUUAUCAAACGGACAGCAGGACAGACCAGACCCCGUGCACCCCAGACGACGACCUGGAGGAGGGCAUGGCCAAGGAGGAGACGGAGCUGAGGUUCCGGCAGCUGACUAUGGAGUACCAGGCCCUGCAGCGGGCCUAUGCGCUGCUGCAGGAGCAGGUCGGAGGAACGCUGGACGCAGAGCGAGAAGUUAAGACCCGUGAGCAGCUGCAGGCGGACGUGCAGAGGGCACAGACGCGGAUCGAAGACCUGGAGAAGGCCCUGGCGGAGCAGGGGCAGGACUUGAAGUGGAUUGAAGAGAAGCAAGCGCUGUAUCGGAGAAAUCAAGAGCUCAUAGAAAAGAUUAAACAAAUGGAGACAGAAGAGGCUCGGUUAAAGCAUGAGGUCCAGGAUGGGAAGGACCAAAACGAGCUGCUGGAGUUCCGGAUCCUGGAGCUAGAGGAGAGGGAGAGGAAGUCACCGGCCAUCAACUUCCACCACACCCCCUUCGUGGACGGGAAGAGCCCCCUGCAGGCGUACUGCGAGGCCGAAGGCGUGAUGGACAUCCUGGUCUCGGAGCUGAUGAAGAAGCUGGACCUGCUGGGGGACAACGCCGUAAGUAACCUGACCAAUGAGGAGCAAGUGGUCGUCAUACAAGCCAGGACAGUCCUGACCUUGGCCGAAAAGUGGCUCCAGCAGAUCGAAGAGACGGAGUCGGCCCUGCAGCGGAAGAUGGUGGACCUGGAGAGCGAGAAGGAGCUGUUCAGUAAACAGAAGGGCUACCUGGACGAGGAGCUGGACUACAGGAAGCAGUCCUUGGACCAGGCUCACAAGCACAUCCUGGAGCUGGAAGCCAUGCUGUACGACGUCCUGCAGCAGGAAGCCGGGGCCAAAGUGGCAGACAUGCUGUCGGAGGAGGAGCGCGAGAAGCUCCGGGUGGCGGUGGAGCAGUGGAAGCGCCAGGUCAUGAGCGAGCUGCGCGAGCGGGACGCCCAGAUCCUGCGGGAGCGCAUGGAGCUGCUGCAGCUGGCGCAGCAGAGAGUUAAAGAAUUAGAAGAAAGAAUAGAAGCUCAGAAGAGACAAAUAAAGGAACUGGAGGAAAAGUUUCUAUUUUUGUUCUUAUUUUUCUCCUUAGCUUUCAUUCUGUGGUCGUAG